AUGAAUAUUUUAAAUUUUAGGUAUUUUUUCUUUAUUUUAUCUUUUAUAUUAUUAGAAAAAGAAUUUUAUAACCACAUUUCUUUUUCUAGUAUUGAUAGUUCGUAUAUAACAAAUAAAAACAAUUCAAAAAAUUAUAAUUUAAAUAAAAAAAAUAAUUAUCCGAAUAAUUUUUAUAUAUUUAACAAUCAUAGAAAAUUAAAUGAGGAAAAAUAUACUAUCAAAGCUAAUUUAGAGAAGAAUAACAACGAAGACACAUUAAAAAAUAAUUUUUCUGAAAAUUAUGAUGAUAAAUAUCUUAGCUGGAACAAUUAUAACGGAAUUAAAGAAGAUUAUAAUAUAGAGAAAGAAAAAAAAGAUAAAAAAGAAAUAGAUAAGAUAAAUAAAGAGGAAAACAAAUCUAAGGACAAUGUAAAAAAAAAUAUAACAGAACAAAAUAAUAAUGAAAAAGAAGAAACAGAAGAAAUAAAUGAAAUGAAAGAAAAAAAAAAUGAAAAUACAGAACAAACGGAAAUAGAACGAGAGAAUGUAGAAGAAGUUCAACCUCUGUCAAUUAAAAUAGAAGAUGAAAUAGAAAAAAAAGAAAAAAAAAAAAAGGAAGAAAAUCAAACAAAUCAUGAAAUAUAUAAACCAAAUAAGGAAAAUGUAGAUGAAAAAAUAAACAGUAAAAUAAAAAAAAACGAAGUGAAGACAGAAAAACAAGAAUUAAAAGAAGCAGUGGAUGAAGAAAUGAAAAAUAAUGAAAAGAAAUUAAGUGAAAACAAAAUGGAUGAUUUAAUAAAUGAUGAUAUAAUAAAUAAGGAAGAUGAAGAAGAAGAAGAAAAAAAAAUAGAUAAAUUAAUAAAUGAUGAUAUAAUAAAUAUGGAAGAGGAACAUAAAAAACAUGAAAAAGAAAUAGAAUCUGAAGAAAAAGAAGAGAAUAAAAUUUUAGAAUUAGAGUGCCCUAAAAAAUUUAAGUUUUUAGAUGAGACAUCAAAUAAAAAUAUUGAUAACGUUUUAAAUGAACAUAGUCAUCAAAAUUUUAUAAAUUUUAUUGAUGAGAAAAGUAAAAAUGACAUUAAAAAUAAAAACUCAUAUGACAUAAAAGAACAUACAAAUUUGUUACAAAAUAAUAAAAUAAAAACACAACAUAAAUAUCAUGAAAAUGAAAAAAAAGAAAAUGAGAAAAUUAAAAAUCAGUUUCAUGAAAUUAAAAACGAUUUAUAUUUUAUUGAAAAUAAAAUUAAUAAAAUUGAAAAAAAAGACAGAAAUGAAUUUAAAGGUAAUAAAGACAAUGAAGAUAAAAUUGAUGAAAUAAAUGAAGUAUUUGAAGAAAAUUCUAAAAAAAAAGUUUUGAAUAAAGAAAAUAAUCUUUAUAAAGAUUAUUUCGCAAUUCAAGAAAUAAUAAUAGGAGAAGAAAAAAAAAGUAACGAUAAUAUAUUGGAUAAGUGUAACAGAAGUUGUAAUGGAAGUUAUACAUCUAAUAUUAAUACAAAAGAAAAAAAACCUUGUAAUAAUCAUCCAUGUAGAAAUUGCUCUUACAAGAAAAACAUAAAUUAUAAUGAAGAAUGCUUAAGAUUAUUUCAGAUAAACUAUGGUUAUGUAAAAAAUAAAAGAUUAUGCAAAGAAGCUUGUGUAACUUAUAAUUUUUGUUCUGAAUUUUCGUAUAAUUAUUCAACAAAGAAAUGUAUUCUGUUAAAUACUGUUAGUGAAUCAUGUAAAAUUAUUAAAGAACCAAAUAAUAUGAUUUAUCCUGUUGACUAUGAUUUUCAUUCUUGUUCCAAAAAAUUGGAUAAUCGUCAAAAAAAAAAUAUAGCUUUAUCAAGUAAUUAG